AUGCAGUAUGACAAUGAAGGCACUUUGGAAGGCUAUGUGAUGGCAGGAUCUCGCGUGGACUACAGCAAUGAGCUUGGCGAACCUGUUUCAGAUGCCUAUGCCAUCUCCUCAACGGAUCGAAAGGUUGUGGACACCGUUCAAGUCGGACCCCGCGGUGUUCACACGUACGCCGUUUGGACGCAGGACGAGUUUUGGUCUCACUCGGAUGGAGACGGACACUUCUAUGUUGUGCGCCUUUCAGAUUUGUCAAAACACACCCACAAGCCAAGGACAACCACUUACAAUGUGAACGACAUAGACUACUCAAGUGAAGAUUUGAUCCCUGGCUCUGGUUGCCGUGGUCUUCAUGCUAUCGCGUACAGCGCCAUCAACCAGCACCUGUACACUGAAUGCUCUGGAGGUGGAGGUGUUCUUGAAUUUGAUGUAUCCAAUGGCGCCAUUGCCUUUGUCCACCAGCACAUUGCAACAAUCACCAUUGCCACUAGAGGACGCCGUCCCAGUGGAAGUGGAAGCAAAAGCAGCAUCGAAACAGAAAUCCAGGUGCCAGGGCACCCCUCCACUGUAUCCUUUUUGAGCAACGGCAACGCAGGGGCUGGUGACUACAUUGCAUGUUCGCCCCUGACGGAGAACCUCAACCAAAAGCAUCGAAAGGACGGAGAACUCGUUUGCGACUACUAUGUCGGGUGUACUGGCGCGACCACUGCCGAGGAUGUGGAGCACGGCAUCUGUCUGCAUGAUGAUGGAGGCAUGUUAUUGAAAAAAGUCACCGAAGCUCUUACGGCGGAUGACAGCCCUGCCUGUUCCCGCUGCGCCGACAGUGCCAACUUUGAUGAUGACGGGGCAUGUGUCUGCACUCCAAGCUGCGGAUCUUGUGAUCCCGCUCCUACCUAUGAUGACAGCAGCAGUGGAUAUAUGUGUGUGGAUUUGGGUGCAGCCAUUGCGGGUACUGUCACCGAGGCGACGCUUAUUCCGAACACUGGAGGUAUGAAGCAAGGCAAACCCUAUGGCGGUUCUGCUGAUUGCUCCUUCGGUCGCACCUACCGUACACACAAGAGAGGCGGUAUCUAUGACGCUUCUGUAGCCAGUGCACCUGAAAACUCCAUCCAUAUCAUCAACAUGCAAACUCGAAGCAAGCAGUGUGAAGUGGCUUUGCCAGGGCAGCCCAGUAAGGUGACUUAUGCUCCAUUGCAACCUACCAAAUUGGACGCACAAGAAGGAUCCUCCAUGAAAGCGUCAUCUGCAAAGAGGGCCCACUUGUUUUUCAUGAGCUGGAUGAUGGUCACGGUAGGCUCCAUGGUCUUCACGUGGGCUACUUGGUAG